AUGUCAACAAAACUAAAGAACAAGGGCAAUGACCCUCAGUUGUUCUUUUCUUCCGAGUCCGAAGAUGAGGUUCAAUUCGAGGAAACAGAGGACUCCGACAUGGAUGAGGAGGUGCCAACUACACGCCUGAUGGAGAAGGACUCUGACGAAGAGGAGCUUGAACGACUCGUCUUAGGCAAUGCCGAAAGCUUUAAGAAGAGACUUUUCGAAAGGGAUAUACUGGCAGACCUGGAAAAUCUUGAACAGGGCAAAGAGUUGCAACUCGCUGGAGGAAAUGAUGAGGCUACCUCGGACCUAGAGGGCAUGCAAGAUUCGGACCUCUUCAUGAUCGACACUGGCCGAUCUUCGGGUCCUCUGUCAAAAGUUGAUGGCAAGGAGAAACAUGUGGGCGCUCAGUCGGCAGACGUGCCCGCUUGGGCCGACAGUGACGACGAAAGGCUGGCUGUUUCUUUGGCUACCGCCUCGCGGCUGCGCAAACUCCGAAUUGCAGAACAGGAGGACGUCGUCACAGGAACAGACUAUACCGAGAGGUUGAGAAAGCAAUACCUUACGCUAAAUCCCCUUCCCAAGUGGGCGCAAGAAGCCCAGGGUCAUCGCAGCAAGCGCAGGAGACGGUCGUCGCAUGGUAGUGAGUCUUCAAGUGGCUUGAGUGCAGAUGAGGACGACCAAGGCGAGAUCACGGCACAGCCUCUCAACGAAUUCCUACGAGACGCGACACAACUAUCUCGCGCGGACAACUCCAAGUCUCAGCGCCUAAAGCCAGAGGUUCUUGACAUCCAGCGAACAAGAGAUAUUCCCGACAAGCAUCCUGGCCCCGUCACGACGAUAGCCUUCCACCCCAAGUUCCCGAUCCUCCUCUCCUCUGGCCCGUCUUCGCUCCUAUAUCUUCACCACCUGGACGCAACCGCACAUCCUACGCCUAACCCAAAGCUCACGUCGGUUCAAACGAGAAAUGUCGACAUUCGGCGAUCGGAAUUCCGCCUACCUUUUGGCGACAAAGUUGUGUUCGCCGGUCGUCGGAAGUGGUUCCAUACCUGGGACCUCGAAACGGGCCAGGUGCAAAGGAUUUCCCAGAUCCAAGGCCACCGUCUCGAGCACAGGACGAUGGAGCAUUUCCGUCUGAGUCCCUGCGGUCAGUACAUGGGUGUCAUGGGAUCUACCAGGAAGGGAGGCGGUGUUGUCAACAUCCUCAACGUUGCCACAAGCCAGUGGAUAGCGGGGGCAAGACUAGAUAGCCGAGGAGGUAUUGCCGACUUCGCGUGGUGGAGGAGCGGACAGGGCCUCACGAUAUUGGGCAAGAAUGGUCGAGUGGGCGAAUGGAGCCUCGCUACGAGGCGAUUCGUCGGUGUGUGGCGUGAUGAAGGCUGCAUCGGCGGCAUCGUCGUUGCGCUUGGCGGGAGCAGAGGGCCGGAACCGAUUGGCGAGGACAGGUGGGUCGCCAUUGGAUCCAACACGGGCAUCGUGAACAUAUAUGACCGGACGGAUCUUGUGCAGCCGGUGGAUGAGAAUGGAGGCUACACCCUGAACGAGCACCCUGAACCUAAGCGGCGGUUUGAGCAACUGGUUACACCCAUCACAAACAUCACGUUCUCCCCCGAUGGCCAGCUCAUGGCGUUUGCCAGCCGGCCGCAAAAGGAUGCGUUUCGGUUGGCGCACUUGCCCAGUUGCACGGUUUACCGCAAUUGGCCCACAUCGGACACGCCCUUGGGGCGCGUGACCUCUGUCGCUUUUGGGACGAAGAGCAACGUUUUGGCAGUUGGCAACGAUGCUGGCAAGAUACGGCUAUGGGAGAUUAGGCAUUGA